AUGAUGAAAAAAGGGGUGUCUCGGUCGGGCUUGCCACCGGAUACGAUGGACAUCAUCCGGAGCAAAAACCACUCACGCCGAGUGGGACUCAACGUCGGGGGUCUCAUCCACGAAGUCCUGUGGAGGACUCUUGACAGGUUGCCCCGCACAAGACUGGGCAAAUUGAGAGAUUGCAACACCCACGACUCUAUCAUGGAGAUAUGCGACGACUACAAUUUGGAUAACAACGAGUACUUUUUCGACAGACACCCAGGCGCAUUCACGUCCAUUCUAAACUUCUACCGUACUGGAAAGUUGCACAUGAUGGAGGAAAUGUGCGCCCUGUCAUUCAGCCAAGAGCUGGAUUACUGGGGCAUCGAUGAGAUCUACCUGGAGUCCUGCUGCCAGGCCAGGUAUCACCAGAAAAAGGAGCAAAUGAACGAAGAGCUCAAAAGAGAAGCUGAGAACAUGAGAGAGAGGGAUGGCGAGGAGUUUACCACCACAUGUUGUUCUGAAAAGAGGAUGAAACUUUGGGAUCUCUUGGAGAAGCCAAGCUCAUCGUUUGCUGCUAAGAUCCUGGCAAUUAUCUCCAUCCUCUUCAUUGUGUUGUCCACCAUUGCCUUGUCUCUGAACACUCUCCCAGAGCUGCAAGACACAGAUGAGUUUGGCCAGUCCACAGACAACCCACAACUGGCCCACGUGGAGGCUGUGUGUAUUGCCUGGUUUACCAUGGAGUACCUGCUCCGCUUCCUCUCUUCACCCAACAAAUGGAAGUUCUUUAAGGGUCCUUUGAAUAUUAUCGACCUGCUGGCCAUCCUGCCCUAUUACGUCACCAUCUUCCUGACAGAAUCCAACAAGAGUGUGCUGCAAUUUCAGAACGUCCGCCGUGUGGUCCAGAUUUUCAGGAUCAUGCGGAUCCUGCGUAUUCUGAAGCUUGCCCGUCACUCCACAGGUCUCCAGUCUCUGGGCUUCACCCUCAGGAGGAGCUACAAUGAGCUAGGCCUGCUGAUCCUUUUCUUGGCGAUGGGAAUCAUGAUCUUCUCCAGUCUGGUGUUCUUUGCUGAGAAGGAUGAGGAAGACACCAAGUUCAAAAGCAUCCCAGCUUCCUUCUGGUGGGCCACAAUUACAAUGACCACAGUAGGCUAUGGAGAUAUCUAUCCAAAAACCCUACUGGGAAAGAUAGUGGGGGGUUUGUGCUGUAUCGCUGGAGUACUGGUGAUAGCCUUGCCUAUCCCCAUCAUUGUGAAUAACUUCUCUGAGUUCUACAAAGAGCAAAAGAGGCAGGAGAAAGCCAUCAAAAGAAGGGAGGCCCUGGAGAGGGCUAAGAGAAAUGGUAGCAUUGUCUCUAUGAACAUGAAGGAGGCAUUUUCCCGCAGUGCAGAGCUCAUGGAUGUAAUGGUGGACAAGAUUGACGAGAACGUGGGGAAGAAGGAAAGGGUAUUCGAUAAUCAUGUGUCUCCUAGUUUGCAGAAAGAGAGGCCCCAACUGAAGUCACAACCGAGCCACAGUAGCCCUACUAAGACCCUUGAAUCAAGUCACCAAGAGCAGGCAAAGCCCUCCAGCAGCCCUCAGCAUCUCAGUGCUCAGAAACUGGAGGAGAUGUACAACAAGAUGGCCAAGAUCCAGUCACAACCAAAUCUCAACAGCAAGGAAAAAGAGCCACCAUCCAAAGCAGUCAAGCAGAGAGCUGAAUUAGAGAUGGGAAGCAUCCCAGUUGAAGCCAUCUCAAGCACAGUGGAGGCGGUGACAGACAUCAGAAGCAUUUCAAGCAUUGACAGUUUCAUCAGCUGUGCCACUGACUUUGCUGAGAGCUCUCGCUUUUCCCACAGCCCAGUGAGCAACAUGACUGGGAGGGUCAGUACUAACCCCAGCCUGGAGCCCACCUUGGAGAAUGAGCACGAGGGAUCCCAGGGUACCACUACACCCUUGACAGAACAAAACCCCAAGACCGACUCAUAUUCUGUGAGUGCCAGGGGCCCGCGCUUUAACAACCCACUCAGAAGCCGCUCGCUCAAGGUCAACUUCAAAGGUGAGGAGGAUUUAGGGACAGGGGCCCUCUCAGAUAGUUCGUCGGUACAAAGCCCUGAGGUGUCUGUCUACACAACUGCCAGCAGCAGGACACCCACAAAGAGCCCAGAGAAUUUACUGCCCAGCAUCUUCACAUUCCACGAUGCAUCCAUCAAUAAGUUCAUUGAUGCUGACACAGAUGAGGAGGAGCACCUGCAUGAGGGUUCAGGCACCAACCCCUCCCAAAGACUCCUGGAAAAAGCAGCCCCCAUGUUUGACUCUCACUCUAGCUUCCAGCAGGGGAUCAACCACAUGGAGGGCCUCCCAAAGAAGCUGGGGAACAGCAAUCUGCCACUGGAAGGGCAGGAGAACCAUGUGGCUCAGGAACUACAGCCACUUCAGGAAGAGGAGAUUCACUCUAAUGAUUAA